CAAAAUGUCGGCCGAAGAUGCAGUUGUGCAAAAUUUUCUGAUUUACAAGAUAGGUUCUGCUGUUGUCAUAGCUAGUGCAAUGUGGCUCUUUCGGAAGAGAAUAAAAUACCACACACAACAGCGCAUGUUCGCAUGGUUUAUGGAUAGAGUUACCAAUCGGAUGAACAGGGGAUUAUAUAAAUACAAAACUGAAGUUUUUCAGUACGUGCACAAACAUAAACGGGACGUCAAUCAUGAUUUGAAAGUUUUAGAAGUAGGCGCAGGGACUGCAGCAAAUCUCCAGUUUUUACCUGACAACACAUCUCUAACAUGCUUAGAUCCGAAUCCUCACUUUGUUGGCUACAUUAAGAGUAAUCUGAAGAAAAAUGACAAAGUUGUUGAGGCAGAAAUUGUGACUGGGUUUGCAGAAAACAUGCCUUUUGAGGACAAACAAUUUGAUGUUGUAAUCUGCACCUUGGUUCUUUGCUCAGUGAAAGAUGUUGAUGAUUGUCUCAAAGAAAUUAAAAGGGUUUUAGUAAAGGGGGGAAUCUUUGUCAGUGUGGAACAUGUCGCAGAUAAGGAGAAGUCUUUGACCUGGUAUGUUCAAGGAAUCGCCAACCCUUUCCACAGAUGGCUUGGAGAUGGAUGUGAGGCCAGAAGAAACACGAGGAACAAUAUAGAGAAGGCUGGCUUCAGUGAAGUUGUCCUUGAAAACAUAAGGCCAAAGUCCUUGCCAUUUUGGAUACGACCAUGCAUCAUGGGAUAUGCAAGGAAAUAAUCCAAAAGUCUUCAAAUUUCACAUGCGCAUAUGAAAAGCAGUAUUAUGUUUAUUAAGCUAGUAAUUACAUGUACCAGGUAUAUGAUUAUAAGGUUGUUAACGAUGUGAUUAUUUUUCUACUAUUUGUUUAUUUUUAUUUGUGCACAUUUUUUUAUCAUUUCAUUAUAUAAGUACAUGUAUUAACUGUGGAUGUCAUCUCUUAUACAUGUAUUUCAGAUUUUAGCCUUUUAUUUUAACUGUACUGUUUUUAAAUCUUAUCCAUAUAUUAUGCUCUUUAUAUAAAUGUUUUAUCCUUUUUGUUUUAAAGAAAAACUAUUUGUUAUUUUUUAUUAUGGUACUUUUGUAUUUUAUUAUUAAUGUUAUUCAUUAUGAUUUGAGCAUUUUUAAAUUUUUCUUGGGCAGAAUCAAAACAAUAUUAAAAACAAUUUUCUUUUAUUUGUAAACAUUCACAUUUAUAGCCCAUUUUAGUAUUUAUUUUUAUCACAUGCCUCAACAUGUUUCUGGUGUAAUAUUACCAUCACAUAUAUUUUUCUGUAUUUUCACAUGUGCAACGUAACAAUAUCAUUCUGCAUGUUUGUAAACAAAUUAAUUUUAGAAAAAGUAAUUUCCUAUUGGUAAUAUUCCAGCAAGUCAUACAUUUAUUUUUCAUUUUGUUUUGUUCAUAAAGAUUAAUUUGAAUGAAGUAGUUCAUUUUGCAUUUCAAUCAUAUUAAAAUGAGAACAUGA